UACUAUUCUGCUCUCUAGGACGCGUGGUAUCCCUUGACGCGUCAGUCACGCAAAGCAGCCGACGAUCGAGGAAAGAUCGGGGGGUAUAAAACCAGGCAUGGUUCAGGAAAUCCAACAUUAUAAAUCUUUUCACCAACCACUACCAUGGUUUUCAACUCGGCACUCUUAUUAAGCGUCGUCAUACUCUUUCUGGUCUCCCUGUACAAGGCAUCCAUUUCCGCCUCUGACGUAAGUUGGGGGUGGGUCGGACCCUCUGUCCUGAAGGAUGUUCCUCUCCCCCAAAUCGUGGUCGCCGAUGUCAUCACGCCAGUGGUCUUCGAGACCAUGGAUCCGGUUACACUUCCCGCCGAACCAUCCUCGACGCCAAUUUCGAUGGAACCUACGGAUUACCCGUAUUACGAGACGUUCUUCCAGCCGCCUCCUCCUGGUAUCCCGCCUAAUGUCACACGGUCUCUGUCGAGCAGGCGGAUCCUCAAGGCGUGCUCACUGUCGGUUUUCUUGUCAGCUCUUUCUGCCAUCGGCGUGGUCUUCAAGCGGGUGUUCAAGCCAUCCCACGGUCAUCACUCUGCGUCUACUUCGGUGUCUAAGGUGUUGCGUUCUGCCGUCUCCGGUUCAAGUGCAAGAACAUUGUUCCUUGCCCUCAUCUUCGUUGUCACGGUUACCAUUACGCUGGGUCUGUUGAUCGUCCAAAGCCUCGUCUCUGAGAGCGAUGCGGCUACGUUCAACGUCCUCUGGAUUGUUCUGUUUGUCCAUGUAGGAAUGACGGGAAUCUACGUCUUAGUUUCUGCUCUGUGGGACAUAUUGGAGAGAUGCAUGGGAAUUGAAGAAAGCGUAAUUGGCCAAGGCGAGGUUGCUGCCGCGGAGGAUAUAUCGGUAAGGGACCACGGAGAACGGGACAUAGGUUCACUGACGGUUUCAAACCUUCAGGCAUUAACGAAUAUGGCGCCCCUACCUUCAGAGAGCUUUGCGCGCAGUAGCAGUAGCAUGUACAUGUCAACAAGGUCGACUGAUGGCGAACACACAUUCGGAAUACCCGAAGCCCAGGCUACCUCCUCCACUGGCAACACACCUUCAGAACAGAACGGCGGAUACCGUAUGACCGUUGGUGAAUCGGGCAUAAGGUCUGAUAUUCCAGAUUGCUUGAAAUCAGCCAUUCCCUCGGAGAGCUCGGAUCACGUAUCCCGGGAUUUAUAUACAUCAGUCCACUCUUCGAUAGGUCGAACUCCCCUGUUCGACAAACUCCGCCGGGACCUUGCCGGGUUCGAAGAGGACCUCGAGACUGUGUCAUUCUUAAUACCAUUGUUAUCGGUGGCCGAUGGUCAGAAAAAUAUCCCGGAAGUGCCCUCGACAAGUUCGAGUGUGCCCACAGUCGUUCAAGAACCGGAAGAAACAAUCUCGAACUUGCCCAUGGGUUACUCAUUGCCUGAGCGGCCGACGAACCCUGUUCUGCGAGGUUCGUCUUCAGAGUCAUCCGGUGGUGAUGACGAGGAGAUAUCCACGGCACGCCCAAUGGAGCGGCCAACAAAUCCAAUGCUUCGGGACUUGUCAUCCUCAGACGGAUGCAUUGAUGAGAACAUGGUGGUUGCAUCGGCGGGCACGCCUGUACCCUUGCCCUCCUUAAUUCCGAAUGUCUCCCAGCAACUCGGAAACAAGGAUCAGGAGGUGGAGGAAACGGUCAUGGAUCGCCCAUUGGAGCGGCGAUCGAACCCAGUCCUGGGGUCGACAUCUGAGGCGCUGGCGGUGACGACUGUUCGUCGGCCUGUGCCUCCAGCGCCGUCCCGGAUCCGAGUCCCCUCUCAGCGAAAGGCGAUAAUUUCUGUUGCCCCGGUUCAGAGGAGCGGACGAUCCCACACCCCGAAACCGACCUGCUCUCGCAUUCCGAUUCCCGGGAGGGUGCAGCGACCGGGAAAGGCUUUACCUCCAUCUCUCCCCUCGCUGCGUCCCAGCGAGCGAACCGCCAUACCCUGUUGUUCCCCCUUCAUUGCGCCUACUACGUGCCAGCGGGACGAAAGCGGCACUGCCGCCCGCCGAGCACGUCGCUACAUCUCUUGUCCCAAAAAUCCUUGAUGAACUCACUGCCGUGAUACACCAACGAAUGCUUGAAGAUGACGAGGAUAUUGACUAAACAAACUAUUCAAUACUACGUCGUAACAUUGGGAUUCUUUAGGGACGAUCAGCGGUGCAUUGGGGUCGACGGGCUCUGGUGCAUGCAGCUGGUCACCGGAGGA